UUUUUUGUUGAAGUUCUCCCGUUUUAGGGAAGGCAAAGGGAACAAUGCCCAUACAGCCUGGUCUUUAAUUAAAUUAAUCUUCUUUUUGUUUUUACAUUAGAAUGUCGGUGUGACGCAUUCUAAUGUUCCUUGGAGUAUUUGGCACGAAAUGUAUCGAGUUGGCUUUUUCGAUAAGCUUCUGUGAGGUAGUCAACACUACAAUAAAAUUCUCACGUCCACUUGACCGGAAUAGCGUAUAUUUUAAUGAUUCCACUAAUUCUUCAGUUACGCAGACAGUUGUUACACAAAACCACACCAAUUUUAUUUCACAAUAUCCACUAUGAACGAAUUUAAGAAUAAUUAAAAUAAGACGCCAACCGCACUCGAUGAAAUCCCGCCAAAAACCCCCGGGUGAAACCAUUAGUUGUGAUUGUGACAUAACUGUAAUAGUUAGACAAAUGACUUUUUUGUAGGUACUUAUCUCCUGUAUAAAACUUUAGUACAUCACUUUGCUCUAUUGUCAAUGACUUCAGCAGCGUAAGCGACAUAAGGUUAUUUUUUGGUAUUUUUUUCACACCCUGGGUUACAUUAUCGAUUUUUUCAUACGGAACCGAGUAUUAGUACUAUGUUCAUCAGGGAUAAUGUAGGAUUAUACAUUGUAUAAAUACAAUCACUAUUUUAUGAGUCAUUCAUUACUAAGACUGAUUCCAUGUCAAUGGAGCAAAUAAUUCAACUAUGGAGUGAAUACAUUAAUUUUAUUGUUGAGUAAUAGUUUCUUUUAAGUAGUGAUAUUUUCAGUAUAUAAAUUACGUACCUACUAACAACAUAUUUUGAUAAAGUAUCUAUUAUGCAGUGUGAUAUGUAUGAAACAAAUACAUUUGUUUUGUUUUGUGAAUUACAAACAGAAAAUAAGAAUUCUUCAAUUUGAAUUAAAUAUCAUUUCAUCCAAGUGGUCUAAAAGUUAAAUCAAGUAUAAAGUCUACGUUCAAAACAUUACGGUUUAAAAUUAAUUGGAGGAAUCAGAUUUGAAUAAAUCUAAAUGCUGUCGCCUAUACUACAUUAACAAAUAAAUAAUUGAUGUUAAUCAUUUUUUUAAAGCGUAAAUUACAAUUUGACGAUGGCUCAAUAUUCACUAGAUGUGGAAUGGAUAAAAGACGAAUAAAAUAUUAAUAAAAGUUAAUCAUGUUGCUUCAUUGACGGCUCGUAAUGCAGGACCGCGGCCGCAGUCGCGUAUUAUAUGUUUCGUAACUUGAUAUCAGCACAUUAAGGCAUGGUGGAGUAACCUGAACUGCUUUUAAAUGUAAAAGUUGCAAUAAACAACGUGGUCGGAGUAAGCCAGUGCUGUUUAGUUAGUCACGCGAAGUGGUCUCACUGUGUUCAGUUCGAAACAAUGAAAAUGAUAAUUUGGGCUUUGUUCUUGUGUGUGCUGCCUUACCGGUUAGUGUUGUGCGGAGAUCCUUUAGGGCCCCUGGUGAACUUAAUACGGACAAAUUUUGUGGGGUGGCCCGUUAUUCACGAUAAACAAAUAUGGAUAUUCGAUCCUGACGUCGCACUAAGGAGAAGGAAACAGUUCGUGGAACUCCAUGGCGAUAAAGGGGAACGAUUAAUCGAGAGACUUGGUUUGGGAAUCGAUGGAAGAGCCGAUGAACUGCUAGUGAAGCAGAGACAAAGAGACGAAGGACACUUGGGCGGUUUGAACUAUUUCCUGCCAUAAUUGUUUAUGGUGAUUGUGGAUUAUGAAAUUGUGCCAGUGAGUUAUUGCGAUUCAAUUGGAGAUACACCAAAGUUAUAAUUAAAGUAAAGAAAUUAUGUACAAGAGGAAAAGACUUGUCGUUGGAGUGACUUAGAUAAUGAUUGAUAGCAAAAGAAUGUAGUUUUCAAGGAUGCAUAUUACUUAAUAGCAAAAUAAUAUUGUUUACUGGGAUAAAGAUGUUGAACAUAUACAAAAAUACAAUAUGAGUACGUAUUAGUAGUCUAAUAAACUUUUUUAUAUAUGUAACUGUUACUGAAUAGAAAAAAAAUUAAGUUCGUAAAAGACAUAUGUCAACCAGGAAAAGGAUUGUCUUGUCACCACGUUGUCACCAUAUAAUGUUCAGUAUUCUUUGUAUAAAAUUUCCUACUUCAACGCACAACAAUCGGAAUCGAAACGUUAUCGCCUCGCCUUGGAAACUCUCGUAUCCCGAGGCGAGGCGAUUACGUCACGAAUGCGAUUAGCGUGCGUUGCAGUAGGGAGUUUCCAUCGAGCAUGGGAGUUUCUUACUAAGAAAAUUCAGUAUGAAUGGCUCCAGUUGAUGCGGUGACGAUUUUUUCUUGAGUUGAUAACUUCUUACAACCUGGGGUCCUUUAAAAGAGGCGUGAAGAAGCAACAUGCAGGCUGGCUAGGUGAGGAUGGCUGGUGUGGCAGGUAGAACUGCUGUACCAGCUAUCUUCACGUCUGGACUUCACCGUCACUUAACAUCAGGUGGGGUGAAGUCAUUUGUCGGACCUAUCUAUAAAAAAAAUGUCUGCCACUGUAAUAAGGCUGUAAAGAAACCCACUCAUAAUACUCACUUUGUGCCUUUCGCGUUGCAUUGUAAAUAUAACGGGUUAAAACGCGUACUUUAAAAAGCAUUUCGUACUCUCCUUAUCCCGACGCUUCGACCAAGUUACACCGGUACUCACCACGUGACCACGACCACAGACUAUUUAGAUACUACACCACGACCAGUGUGACCUGUACCCCUAGCACGAACCAAUAUCGAAUUUGAAGAGUUUGCGAGUCGGAAAUGUCUAUGUCCAAUUUUGUAUGGAAACUCGAACAGCAGCGUCACAACGGACGUAACGAGAACUAAAAAACAAUACUCAUUUGACAAUGAUAUUUCGCACUUGCAAACUUCUCGAACUCGAUAUUGUUUCGUGUUAAGGGCACUGGUCGAAACGUCGGCAUAAAAAAGUACGUUAACCUUUUUAAAGUACGCGUUCUAUUCAACGGGUUAAAACGCAUACUUUAAGAAGUUUUGUUAUACCCACUCAUAAUGACAGAAAAAGUACUUUAAUUCGACUAAGUUGUGAUUGUACGCAAUUGCUUAGCGUUGAUAAUGACAAUAAAAACAGAAUGAGCAAAAUAAUUCUGCUUUUAAAGUCAUAAACCAGUGUAUUUAUAGAAUUAUUUCUUAAAAGUAAUAAAAUUUGACCUUUGAAUAGUCUUUGUGAUCCACCAUCGUGACACAUUGAUACACCAGCCUGAUGAUGAUUCAAUAAUUUCAGAAUAUUUUUUUAAGAUUCCUAUGAAAAUAACUUUUGAUUUAAAUAUCUAUUAUAUUGCAAUACUUAUAAUAAAAUUAAGCUUUGUUUUCAUAUUUAAUGUCACUCAUGCACACCUAUUUUGUGUAAAUAUACAAAAAGAAAUUGUACUAAAAAAAUAUCCUAAAUCCUCUUUCCACCAACAGUUAUGACACUACUUUCUUCAUAAAUCUAGGGCAUUUAUCAGAGAAAUAAAUAAAAUCGUGGGGCGUAGUGUAACCUGAAUGAAUAAAAGAUACGGCCGUCUGUCCGUCUGCCGGUACUUAGAAGCUGUGAAAUAUCAAACUUCUAAGUCAACGUAUAAAAAGAUACAGCCGUUUAUGUCGUGUAGUUUUAUAUUUGCACGGAACCCGCUGUGGACGAGUUCGACUCGUGUCUUUUUCGGUUUUUUUAAGUAACGCGUUCUACACCCACUCUUUGUUCUGGACGCCCACAAGACCCACCCAGUUAACCUUCAUUGUUUAUUUUUGCUGCCAACAAUGAAUAGGUAGGGAAAAAUCAACUGCAAAAUAAAUCUCGAAUUGGAGUGCACGUCUGACCUCUGCUGAAAUAUUACAGAAAAAUACUGUUCUAAAACAAUAUCCCGCACCGCUAUUCUGUAAGAACAAACUAUUUAAAAAAAAGUAUGUUCUAAUUUUAAACGUUGCGAACUACACCGCACAGGAUCCGCGGUGUGUGUCCGAAAUUUAAAAUAAGAACACGAAUUUCAAAUAAAUUUCAUUUCACAUUUCCGAAUUCCGCAGUGAUGUGAUUUUUUUUAUAGAAUAGCACUGCUGAAGUGGUUUUUUGUUGUAUUGUAGCAGUUCUCAAACAUUAUUGGCGACUUUUAGAAACAACAAAAACUGGUAAUCAUAAAAAAUAACCAUAGACUCCAUAGUAGUAAAAUAAUGAAAUUAAAAGGAAACCCAUAACGGCUAUGAACACUUUAAAAUUUUACGAGUUGUAUUCAAAGAUGAUCGUACAUUUUCAAUAAAAAAAGAAAAAAAAAUCUUGUGAACAUUUUACUUUUGAUAUAAUAUGUAGGAGUUAAAUGCUUAAAUUAUUUACAGCUGUGAGUUGUGGUUCACGUGUAGUGUCGUUAGCAAACCCCAAUGGUCAAAACCAAGUCCCAUGCCUAACCGACAACCGGGUGUAGAUACUGUUUAAAACCGUGCCUAGACCCUGGUAGAAAUCAUCUUCUUAUAAGCUCGGAACCCUUGCACUGCAGCCGCACCAGUGACAUUAUUUUAUAUGUAGGUAUCGUGUUAGGUUAGCUAAUAACUUUGCACACAGUUCCAAGGGAUCACGGUAGUGAACGCGUGAGUUUUUGGACUAAAAUUAAAAGUAAUUUAGGAAGGGACAAAACAAAAAAAACCUAAAAACCUCGCAACAGUGCGAAUAUGGAGCGUUCGACAUUUGAAAUGUUAGCGGUUUUCCCGAGUUCCAAACCAUGGAGGUUAGAGAGAAGGAGUCCCUGAAAAUUUGUAGAAUGAGGGCUACCGUUUUCUGUCUCACCAGAUGGCGCCACUGUUGAGUGAGGUCCUAAAUUGUAACUUUUAAAGUUUAUUAAUACGCACAUGAAAUCAAAGGUUACAUUUAGAUCGUAUUUUAACACAAAAGAACCAUAUCCUAAACAUAAUAGGCCAUGCCACAGUGACGCCCAGUUCCGUUUUAUUCGGAAAAAAUGGGAACAUAAUCAUUUUAUUAAGCUCAAAUUUUUAAUAACUGACAUUCAUUGCCAUUAUAUAUUUGCCAUAAUUCAUAUACAUAACUCAUAUUUGCCAUAAUUAAGCCGAAUUGUUACCAAUUAUUCACAACAUUAUUUUAAUAAGAAAUAAACCCGCGUAGUCAACCAACAAGCAAUAACAUUUGACAUUUCGGAGACCUCACGCUACACUAGCGCCUCUAGCGGCGAAUUCAUACGCGAUAGCCCUCAUUUAUAGUUCAUUUUUCAGCCACCAGCCGCGCUGCCGUCGGUUAGUAGCACACAACAGCCCGCUUUUAAUGAGACAACUUAGCGAUCGCAGCGCCUCACUUAUUUUGUCCAUAUUUCUGGGACACUAUUUUCUACAGCGAUCGUUCUCCUUCUCUCUGACAUCCAUGUUCCAAACUUUUAAAACUAUAAAAAAGAAAACUAUUUUAAAACUAACUAAAGAGGUUGGUCAUUCGCGUUGCCUAUGGAAUCGUAAAAGUUUUUAAUUCGCUUAUCUACUGUAGCCGCUUACCUCAACUAAGCUUCCUUGUAUUCCAAUACACCACUCACAUGUUGGAAAUAGAAAUUAGAUUAUAAUUAUCCUAUAACGUAAUUUAGAAGGUUGAAACGAUUUGGCAAUGAUAAUUUGUUGUUCAGCAACAUAUGUUGGCGUAAUUUCCCUGCGAUUGCCACAACGGACCUUGAUAUGGCAUAGUACUUGUAUUUUUUGAUGAGAUAGGUAGAGCAUAGCGGAUUUAUUCCAUUUCUGAAAGAACACAUUCUGUUCAAAUAGUAUCCUUGUACUGAGAAGAAUAAUCGGAAAGAAAUACAGCAGGGGCUGCUUUUUUCUCCCUGCUUAAUAUAGUGCCGAUGUAUUUUGUUAUUUAAAUUAAAAUUAUUAGUCUAUGUUUUUCAAUUAAGUAAGUCUGUGUUUUUUUUAUUCCAAAUAUUACGCAAUUACUUUUGUGCUUGUCUGUAAAACUGUGUUUGUAAUAUUUGUAUGUUUUUUACAUGCAAGACAUAUUUAGUUCAACUAUGCAACAGGACUGUUAUUUAUCUUCGCCCUCGAUUCAUUGAACGAACUGAUAAUGGUGGAUUGGUCCCAAUCCACAACAAUGCCAUACAGCGUCAUCAACUUCAAAGACAUGACAUCAAAGUUAUUAUUAUCUGUUGAGGUCAACUUUUAAUCACAUAAUCGAAGAAAAGCCUCGAAAUAUCUAGAAACAAUUUUCACAACAAAUUGAGCAUGUUUAUGAAAGAAAGUGCAAUAUUCUCUUCAAAACAGUACUUUGUCGUUAGGAAGCAUAGACUAUGCAUGUAAUUCAAAUAAGCCUCAUUUUAGUUUUAACUAAACUCCAUUAUUUUUAAGUUGUCCCUCAUCAAUAUUUGUGAAUAAAAUUUUCUUUUCGAGCAAGAUAUUAUUUAAUAAUGCGAGAGACUUGUGGGAUAUUCAAAUACAUAUAUUAGAUUUCUUCAGAUGGCUCCCUCAGGAUUUGGCCAAUAUCUGGUGUUUGUGUCCAAAAUUUCUUGUCUAUGUUUGUUCGGUGAGGGCUUGUUUAUUGUCUUAAACUCUGCUUAUGGUGUGGAAGUGCUUUGUGCAAGUACAAGGACCUAGGAUUUGGGAAAAUACAUAUAUUGAAAUGUGACAAGAGCGGUUCUGACAUCAAAAUAUAACAAACGUGAUGUUCACAGGAUAUGCCAACGCCAACGAGAAUAUAGAGCGAAUGCGUAGAUGUCAAAGCUGCGUUCCACUAAGAUACCGAAUGCUAGUUGCAUUCACUGUCUUGCUGGAACUUUUACAUAAAAUUAUAACUUCACCGGCUGCAUUUUUUAAAAUAAACCAGCCACACAAUGUUUCCUCAUUAUCAUCUAAGAGGAGCGUGUUUUUACGAGCUGCAACAGAUUACUCCAUCCCACCUGAUGUUAAGUAAGUGGAACCCAGUCACGAAGAUAGAUGAUGCUGCAGAAGAUGUGCCGCUUCAGCAAUCCUCACCUUGCUCAACGAUGGAACCAAUACCCUACUCCGCGGUGCCUUGGAACCCUAUCACCAGUAGAAACACAGAAAAGGUAGUGUUAUUGUACUGUAGUCUUCUGUAAGGUUGAGGUUGCUACCUCAGAUGAGCGCUCCAAUUCGAGUAGAAAAUCCGCUGUCUCACAAACUUGACUAAAUAGAGCAUAGCACAGCACAGCGAGGAGCUCGAUGGCGCAAGUGGUUAGCGCGUUCGGCUGCGAUCAUUGAAGUUAAGCAACUUUCACUGUGGUCGGUCAUUGGAUGGGUGACCAAAAAUUUACUAUCUCGAGCUCCUCCGUGCUUCAGAAGGCAUGUUAAGCCGUUAGCACCCACCAACCCGCACUGGGCCCGCGUGGUGGGUCAUGGCCCAAUCUUCCUAUUCCCUCCAUAGGGAAGGCCUGUGCCCCAGCCAGCAGUGGGGACAUUAAUAGGCUGAUUUUAAUGAUAAUGACAGCGCAGGGGCAGAGCUUCAUGUUAGCUUGCCAGCGAGGCGAUCUAUUAUGCUACUGAGAUAUUCUUCUAGCCAAUCGUCGUCUCUUCGGGUGCAUGGAUGGAGCGUUCCUGUACGAUGCAUUGGAAAACUUUGGCGUCAGGCACUUCCCCAUGUAACGUUCAACCUUAUUUCUUGAUGGGGGCCGUUCAAGUAUUACGUAAGCAGAUUUAUUACAAGUAUUUACCCCCUCCUCCCCAAAAGUAAGCAAAGCGGCUUGAGGUCCCCUUAGGAUCUCGCCGUCCCCAAACCCGGCGACGCUGUAAAGGUCACACCCUCAAAAUAAUACGAAUCCAUUACGCGACGCCCCCGACCGGGAC